UUAAAACAUGAAUAAAGUGGGUCAUGACAAAAUACAAAGCAGUAUUAGGAGAGUCGCCCGUGUCUGAGUGAGCCUGCAGCACCCAGAAGUGAACAAAGCGACCCGGAAGCGGUGGUUCGACUGGAGGCAGGCAGAAAGAACAUCAACCUUUUAUAUUAUAGCUGUACUCGCAAGACAAUAUCUGCAAUCGGGACAUAAGGAUGGCAGAGCCUCGAUUCAACAACCCCUAUUUCUGGCCUCCACCUCCCUCUAUGCCAGGCCAGCUGGAUAACCUGGUGCUCAUUAACAAGAUCAAGGAGCAGCUGAUGGCUGAGAAGAUCCGACCCCUCCACCUGCCACCUACCUCCACCCCGUCCCAGCAGCCCUUGCUGGUGCCCUCCUCGCCCUCAGAUGGUGGCGCGCAGCAUGGCAUGUCGGUGCCCAAGCCCCAGCCCCAGCCAGUGCCCAGCCACCACCCGCAGCCACAGGGCUCCAGCCAGCCAGACAUCGCUCUACACGCCCGCCCCGCCUCAAGCUCUGGACCAGAUGGAAACAUGGAUGACAAGGCAGCAGUGAAGGCCAAAGGACUGUGGGAGGACUGGCACAUGAGACAGCUUGGUGAGCAACCUGGAAGAGUCAACCAUCGUUCAGGUCUGACCCCUUCGUCCCGGCCGGACAGCCACAGCACCUCCGAGGCUCUGACCCCCACAACUCCGACCUCGGGCAGCCAGAACCGCCUGGGUGGAGCCCCGUCUGUGAACAUCAUCUCUGGGCUGGCCAGCGGUCCUGGCAUGGAGCACAUGAAAGCCGGGGGCCUGGCGGGACUUUUGGGCCCCCCACCUAAGGCACCCCGGGGACGGAAGAAGAUCAAGGCUGAAAACCCCACUGGUCCUCUGUUGGUGGUGCCCUACCCCAUCCUAGCUGACCAAGGCUGUGUCACUGUUGCACCCAAAGAGGGCAAAACCUACAGAUGCAAAGUGUGCCCGCUCACCUUCUUCACCAAGUCCGAGAUGCAGAUCCACUCCAAGUCUCACACGGAGGCCAAGCCCCACAAGUGUCCCCACUGCUCCAAGUCGUUUGCCAACGCCUCCUACCUGGCCCAGCAUCUGCGCAUCCACCUGGGGAUCAAGCCCUACCACUGCACCUACUGCGAGAACUCUUUCCGCCAGCUCUCACACCUGCAGCAGCACACCAGAAUCCAUACUGGUGACAGGCCUUAUAAAUGUGCCCACCCCGGAUGUGAAAAGGCCUUUACCCAGCUCUCUAACCUCCAGUCGCACCAGAGGCAGCACAACAAAGAUAAGCCGUAUAAAUGUCCCAACUGCUACCGUGCCUACUCAGACUCAGCAUCAUUGCAGAUCCACUUGUCAGCGCACGCCAUCAAAAACGCGAAGGCCUACUGCUGUAGUAUGUGCGGCCGGGCAUACACCUCAGAAACCUACCUUAUGAAGCACAUGUCCAAACACACAGUGGUGGAGCACCUAGUGAGCCACCAGUCACCUCAGCGGACCGAAUCCCCCAGCAUUCCCAUACGCAUCUCCCUCAUCUGAGCUCCACCACCACACAGCAGUAGGUCGGAUUCACAGUCUGUGUAAGGCUGGAGCUUUGGGGCCCUGCACACACGGCCAUCUACAUAAGGCUUACAUAGCAUAUGACAGCUGACAUAAGCAUUCAGUGCUAGAUUCAGUAAACGGACCCCCUCGAUCCGUCUUGACACAGGCCGUCUGUCGAAAUGAGCACAGCGCAUCUUUGUGAAUGUAAUAAUACAGCUAGAUAUUGUCCAGAGGAUCAAGUGGCUACGAAUGUCUUACGUCAGAUUUAAUAAGCACUUUCGUAAGCGUCAUGUAAACUGCCGGAUGCAUUGGCCGUCAAAUUGAAUUUUUUUUGUUGUUGUUGUUGUUGUUUUUAUGUUUCUUUGUUUGUUUUCUUCCAUGUAAUGGGUUUCCAAAAUGUGCCAGAUGAUAUUUGCCCUUUUUAAAGAAUUGCGAAAGAAAAAACAAUGUUUGCUGGGUGUGUUCUGGAGACAUCCAAAGAUAAUCUUAAAGCACUUUUAGGCCUUGUGGUUCUGACUCAAAAUUGUUUCAAUCUUGUGGGAUGGAAAUGUCAAAAGGCAUUACUUGAGGCAGCUAAGAGUACUGACUGUGUCGAAACGAAAGUCUUUUCUGUUAGCUUUGUUUUUUUACGUACAUUUCUGUGCAAGUACACAUUUACAGGGUCAUCUAAAUUUGAAGAAAGGCAAUCGGCAGAUGACUAUU